GAGUUUCCCAUUCUUUAUGGGAUCAAAGCAAUAAUUAGGGCACCAAAAUUGUUUUCGUUUUCUUAGAGUCACGUCUAGGGUUUUUUUCCUUGUCUUCCGUUGUUUUGCUUUCCUUGUGUAUGAGCAUGUCUUCUUCUUCUGAUAUCUCUCCAAUUUCACCUGUUAUAAUCACUCAAACCUCUCUCUCAUCUUUCACAGCUAAACAGGCUUGGGAUGCAAUUGAGUUAGCAUAUCAUGAUCAACUUGAGGCCAAUGCCAUCUUAUAUAGUCAGGAAUAUGCUGCUCUGAGGAAGGAACCCAAUCAAUCUAUGAUAGAAUACCUUCAACAUGCUAAGAAAAUAGCAGAUCAACUAUAUUCUAUUAAUGAUCCUGUUUCUGAUCGUGAUUUGGUGCUUCGUGUUUUGGCUGGCUUGGAUUCAUCUUAUAGUGUUUCUAAAUGCAGUAUUCCACAAAGAGUGCCUUUCCCAUCUUUUCUACAACUCCGAUCACUUCUCUUGAUUGAAGAAGCCAAUUUACAACAUGAAAACAGUCAAAAUCAUGCUACUGAGUCUUUUUCUUCUCCACAAGUCUUGCUUUUAUCUACUGUUCAACAACAACAGAGAGAUUGUUCUGGUACUUCUCGUGCCCAGUUUAUAGAACACAAAGGAGCUAUAGGAUGGAGCAUAGUGGAUAUCAAAGGAGUUAGCCCUUCGGUUUGCAUGCAUAAAAUCUUGCUAGAUGAGGGGCACAAGCCGAUUGUUCAGCCUCAAAGACACCUUAAUCCUAACAUGCAAGAGGUGGUGAUUGUCAUCAACUCCCUUGCUUGGUAUUACUGAAAUUUGAACUAAAAAUCGAGUUGAAUGUUGAUGCUCCUUGUGUUAUUUGUGUGGGGAAGAAUGUACAUGAGCUCUGUUUUUUUUAGCUUUCUUUUGCUUGAGGACAAGCAAGAAUUUAAGUUUGGGCGUAUUUGAUGAGUUUAAUUUUUAUAUGCAUUUAUCUACCCUUUUUGAGCCUAGAAUUAAAUUUUAUGGGUCCCU